UCUUUGCAAAAUAUUUUGUGAAUAAAUAUGCCUAAAGUCAAAAGAAGUCGGAAAGCUCCCCCAGAUGGCUGGGAAUUGAUUGAACCAACACUGGAUGAGUUGGAUCAAAAAAUGCGAGAAGCGGAAACGGAGCCUCACGAGGGGAAGAGGAAAGUGGAGUCUCUGUGGCCCAUCUUCAGGAUCCACCACCAGAAGACCCGCUACAUCUUUGACCUCUUUUACAAACGGAAAGCCAUAAGCAGAGAAUUGUAUGAGUACUGUAUCAGAGAAGGCUAUGCUGACAAAAACCUGAUCGCAAAGUGGAAGAAGCAGGGCUACGAGAACCUGUGCUGCCUACGCUGCAUCCAGACCCGGGACACCAACUUCGGCACCAACUGCAUCUGCCGAGUUCCCAAGAGCAAGCUGGAAGUGGGUCGUAUCAUUGAGUGCACGCACUGCGGCUGCCGGGGCUGCUCCGGUUGA